AUGUCUCUCUUCAGGGCAUUAAAGAAAACCUGCUCAGUAAUCAAAAAGAGCCUCUUCUCUAGAGAAACGACUGAAGCAGUGAGCAUGGAAACAACAAAGAUUAAUAUGUCCCGUGUCCCACUGGUUAACGGAGGCAUUGACACUGCUAUGCUCAAGGCACACAAACCCCGUGUGAUGUCCAAAAGUGGUCACAGCAACGUGCGGAUAGACAAGGUCGAUGGCAUUUACCUACUCUACCUUCAAGAUUUGUGGACUACAGUUAUAGACAUGAAGUGGAGGUACAAACUCACCUUAUUUGCUGCUACUUUUGUUAUGACCUGGUUCCUCUUUGGAGUUAUCUACUAUGCCAUCGCAUUCCUUCAUGGUGAUUUAGAAAUAAACAAGUUCACACCAAAGCGCGAGCCGUGUGUCAAGAAUGUAGACUCUCUGACUGGGGCAUUCCUUUUCUCCCUGGAGUCACAGACAACCAUUGGCUAUGGAUUUCGUUUCAUUACAGAGGAGUGUCCUCAUGCCAUUUUCUUACUUGUGGCCCAACUGGUCAUCACCACUUUGAUUGAAAUCUUCAUCACAGGUACCUUUCUGGCCAAAAUUGCAAGACCUAAAAAAAGGGCAGAGACUAUUAAAUUCAGCCACUGCGCUGUCAUUACUAAACACAAUGGAGAACUUUGCCUGGUGAUCAGAGUAGCAAAUAUGAGGAAAAGCCUUCUGAUACAGUGUCAGCUGUCUGGGAAGCUUCUUCAGACGUAUGAAACCAAAGAAGGGGAGCGGAAUCAAGCCAGUGUCAAGUUCAAUGUUGACUCCUCUUCAGAGAGUCCAUUUCUCAUUUUGCCUUUAACCUUCUACCACAUUUUGGAUGAAAGCAGCCCUUUGAGAGAUCUCACACCUCAAAAUCUCAAGGAGAAGGACUUUGAGCUUGUGGUGCUCCUGAAUGCCACGGUGGAGUCCACCAGUGCUGUCUGCCAAAGCAGGACUUCCUACAUCCCUGAGGAGAUCCACUGGGGCUAUGAGUUUGUGCCUGUGGUUUCUCUCUCUCCAAAUGGAAAGUAUGUUGCGGAUUUCAGUCAGUUUGAGAAGAUUCGGAGAAGCACUGAUUCUACUUUUUAUAGUACAGACUCUGAAAAACAAAAACUAGAGGAGAAAUACAGGCAGGAGGAUCAAAGAGAGAGGGAACUGAGAACGAUGUUGUUACAGCAGAGCAAUGUUUGA